AUGGCUGAAUAUAAUGCGUCAGUUCCAGCUCAACGAUUCAAUAUUCAGUCUUUGAAGUUUACCUCUCAUGAUGGCAAUGAAGUAUUAAAUGUUCAGUCGUCAGAAUCUUCCUUUUUUAGCUCAAAGUACCGGUAUUCGCGCACGAGUCAUGAACCGGUAGAGUUCAUUCAAGUUCGCGAAGAAGAAGGGCCCAUGGUAAAAAUUAUGGAAGAAGAGGGUCUUCAGAUUUCUUUCGAACUGAUUGUACGUUCUUCUGAAACGAAACGCGACCUUACAAACUUAACUUGUAUUCAUGGUUCCUCCCCGCAAGAAAUAGACAGACUCAUAACGCGCGAGUUUUCAACAGAUGCAAAUUUCCAAAACCAUCAUCAAGUGAAUUUGGUUGGUAAUGUUUCCUUCACUCCAAAUGAAGAUGAGCGAUUGAUUGAAUGGAAUUGGCAGUACAGCCCUUAUAAUUCCCUUUAUUAUUACAGCAGCGGAUGCCCUAAUUACAUAUGUUUUGCCGAAUAUGAUAAACGCUUGAAUCGCCUCGUACCUUUGCAAACCUUUCAAUUUUGGUUAGUAGAAUCUGAACAAGAUUCUCCACCAGCGACACCAAGUUUUACCCUGCGACUUGCCGAAGAUGGCACGACCAGUCCAGAAGUACCUGAACAGCAUUCAUUGCUGACUGCCGCUGAACAAAAUCCAAUCCAAUCACCUCCACUGUCUAAUGUAAAUCCGGCCACUAGAGAAGUCGAUCAAACAGAACCAGAAGACGGCCCCCUUUUCCGAGCUACAAUCCUAAAUUUUGAGAGAACGACGCACGAAAUGCGAAUGGCCAUGAAAAAAUUAAUAAAACGUGCUGAACAAUUAGCUCAAUCCCAUGGAAUGUUGUUCAUGUGUCAUAAGGAAUUUGUUGGUGCCUUUGAAAGAGCAGCAAAGAUCAAUCCACCAGCCUUUAAACCAUUCUUAGACUAUUAUUAUCACUGUUGUGCCAAAUCAAUGGAUAAUCUUCAUAUUGAUCGAGCUCAUUUGUUGAGGAACUCGUUAAUAGAACCUCUUCGAAGGAUUUAUGACAAUGAUAUUAAGAAUGCAUACUCUAAAAAGAAAGAUUUUGAGGAAACAAGUCGUGAUUACUAUACCUCUUUAACUCGUUGGCUAUCGAAAAGUGAAAAGGUUUCUUCUGCUGACAAAGCCAAAGAGUCAAAGUUUUCAGCAAAAAGAAGGGACUUUGAGCUUUCAAGAUUCGACUACUACUCUUAUAUGCAGGACAUUAAUGGAGGAAGAAAAGGUCAGGAAGUUUUGUCUGCACUCACCUCGUUUGCUGCCAGCGACUACAACUUGAUUCAUUCUUCUAUGGCAGAAAUAGAUUCAUCUCGACCAAACAUUAUAAUGCUUCAGGACGUCGUCAAUGAAGCCAAUAAGGAGUUUUUGUUACUGCGAGCUGAGCGUGAAGAAAGAAGGAGACUUUUAGAAACGAGUAGUCGUGAGUUGGAUGAUCAAGAUGCAGAAAUUGCGGCUCAGGCUUACCGAGCAAAAAUAGGUCAAGAUACCUCUGCCAAACAAGGCCUUUUAUUGGCUUUUUCAAAACCCAAUAGUGAAUUACAGAUGGUGUCAAAAGCCGGGUGGCAUAAAUAUUGGGUUGUCUUGGAUCAUGGUAAAAUUUGCGAAUAUUCUAACUGGAAACAAUCGUUAGAACUUCAUGAGGAGCCUAUAGAUUUAUUAAUGGCAACAGUACGGAUUCCGCAGUCUUUUCCAAGAAAAUUUUGUUUUGAGUUAAUCACUCCUCAGUUACGUCGGGUCUAUCAGGCUACUUCCAAGACAGAGAUGCAUUCUUGGGUUGAAGCCAUACAAUACGCUAUAAGCGAGAGUAUUUCACUCAAGGGAAGAAGGCACUCUGCUUCCGAGGAUUCCACCUACAAUAAGUGUGAAUCAACGUCUACGAUUAGUAAAGCUUUGCAGCGGGUUGCUUCGGUGACUUCUCCUGGACGAUACAGCGGUAGUGGAGGAGACUCAAAGGAUAAAAAAUCACAAAAACCGAUUUCCCUAUCAAAGGCGGUCAAAGAAUUGCAAAUCAGCGACCAAUACUGUGCUGAUUGUCACUCUACUUCGCGAGUGGAAUGGUGUGCUAUUAAUUUUCCAGCUGUAUUGUGUAUCGAUUGUUCAGGAAUCCAUAGAUCUUUAGGGACACAUGUGUCAAAGGUGAGAUCACUAGAUUUGGACAAGCUGUCGGCGGAGACAGUUGAAUUGCUACGAGCGACUGGAAAUCAAAUGAUAAACGAAAUUUACGAAGCUGGACUUGGUGAACCGAAUGCGAAAACAAUAGAAACCCACGAGGAAAGGGCGUCUUUUAUUAAAGAUAAAUAUAUACAAAAGCUUUAUUUCCGGUCUAUAUUGGAACCAGAUGUAAACAUUGCAUUCUUCAAUGCUAUUGAAAGAGGGGAUCUGAAAAAAGUAAUUCAAUGCAUCGGACAAGAUGCAGAUGUUAAUUAUCGGUCAGCGAUCGUUGAAUCCCUUCAAAAAGGCAACUAUUUAAUUGCCGAAUUGUUGAGUUUGAAUGGUGCGUCUUUAAACUUUAAUGAAGCUACCAUGGAUACGCUUCCAGCGCGGGCGCAAGCGUACCUUAUGAGUAGAUGGACGAACUAA